AUGGGUACAUCUGAUACAGCGCUGAUUACGUUGUUCUGCAUAAUUUAUAGAAUAACAAUGUUUAAUAUCAAUGUUUCGAGUAAGAUCAAAGAAGCUGAAGAUCAUGUUAAGCAAGCCGAGAAGCAUUUGAAAACAUCCAUUACCAAAUGGAAGCCGGAUAUUGAUUCAGCAGUAGAAGAAUUUGAUAAAGCGUGUACAUGCUAUCGAAUCGCAGAAAAGGAAGUACGUUUUUCGCCGCGAAAUCCAGCGAAAUAUUACGACAAAGCGGGACAACUGUAUAUCGAAGGAGGCCAACGAGAUUCGGCUGCCGUGCUUUACGACCGUUGUGCAACACAAUUUCAGCAAUUUGAUCGUACCAUAGCGAUUGAUUUUUACAUGAAAGGAGCUCAGCUAGCUGAACAAGAAGAUAAAGCAUACCAAGCAGCUGAUUUGUAUGAAAAAGCCGCCAUGCAGAUUCUCCGAACAGGCGACUAUCCUAAAACAGGUGAACUACUCGAAAAAGUAACAAAUGUCUUAACAAACUUAGAACGCUAUGAUCGUCUCAAUCGUAUUAUACUCUAUCGAAUAUUAUUGAAAUUAUUCAAUGAUGAUAGUGUUGCAGGAAGAAAUGUCUUUGAUCAAGCAUGUCGAGAUUAUCCGACAUUUGAUCAAUGGGAAGAACAUGAUCAUAUUGCAGGAUUACUCGAUGCUUUCGAUCAAGAUGAUAAGGAAUUAAUCAGUAAACGUUGUCGAAAACCAUAUUUUAUGGCAAUUGAGCCCGAAUUUGUUCGUUUAAUCAAACGUUGGAUUCUUCCGGAUACCAAUAAAGAAGAAAAUCAACAGUCAACGACAACAAACACAACUUCGGGAGUCAAGCCUAUGCAGUUUGAUGAUGACGAAGAUGAUCUACGUUAA